AUGCUCGAUCGGACUGGCUCCAAUCAGUUUCAUUAUUAUCAACCUGGAAUUGGCACAUAUGUAACAUCAGCCUCGCUUUCACAUAGCGGCACCAUUAGAAAGAUCAAAUCCGCCUACGUGAAAGCAAAAGAUGCUGCGGUCGGGUCCACAUUGGCUGACCAUGUCAUGGGUGGCUAUAAAUUCUUAAUGCGAUAUUAUUCCCCUGGGGAUCAAAUCUACAUUUUCGGCUUCAGUCGCGGAGCAUAUGUUGCCCGCUUCCUCGCUGAAAUGCUGGACAAGAUUGGUCUUCUGGAGGCAGGCAAUGAAGAGCUGAUACGCUUUGUCUGGAAGACGUUUGCGAAAUGGCAACAACGUGGCCGCGGCGCCGAAGCGCUAUUGAAGUAUAUGCAGGGGUUUCAGGAGACCUUCUGCCAUCCGCCGCCCGACAUUCGCUUCUUGGGCCUGUUCGACACUGUCAAUAGUGUUCCAAGAUUUGAAAGGGCCUGGAUGAGGCGCAACCGAUUCCCUUAUACGGCUCGUACCAAAGCCAAGGUGAUCCGCCAUGCGGUGAGUAUCGACGAGCAUCGGGCCAAAUUCCGCCAGGAUCUCAUAUCAGGGGUCAAGCCGUCGCCAAAGGAACGACCAUCUACUCGGUUGCGUAAGCAUUUGGAGAGACACAAUGUGUUUCUCCCUUAUCAUAAUCACCACCAGCACCAUAAUAGCCGCUUGUCGCAGUCGGCUCAGCAACCUAGGGCUGCCUCUCCUUCUGCUUCGUCCGCGGACGAGAAAGCCGAUGACGUGCAGGACAUCGAGGAGGUAUGGUUUCCAGGAUGCCACGCAGAUAUUGGCGGAGGAUGGCCAUUGAAACCAGGCGAAUAUCCUCUCAGUCAUGUGCCGUUGGUGUGGAUGGUGCAGAAUGCCCAGAAGGCAGGAUUGCGAUUUGACACGGGAAAAUUGAGACGCUUCCACUGCUCAGGGGAUUCAACUGAAGAUCAUGCCGAACACUCGCAAGGCGAGAAUCUUGCAGAAAAUUUGCAUAACAGAGCAGCCCAGAACAUUGGAGACGAAGUCAGCGGCAGAGAAAGUCCCAUGCCUGGUUUAGAUUAUUAUCUCCGGAAGUCCAGCACAGACUCACGAAUGCACGACUCUCUCCGAUUCGGCAAGGGACUUCCUUGGACCACUGUUCUUUCCUGGAAAGUUAUGGAAUACCUGCCUUUCCGUCGGAUGGAUUUGCAGGAAGAUGGAUCUUGGAAACCCAUUCGUUGGCCUCUACCUUGCGGAGAAGUGCGCGACAUUCCUAAUGAUGCCAAGAUCCACGUUUCAGCUAUUCGCCGUUUAAAGUCCGACCCAGCAUAUCGGCCAGGGAACCUAAUCAUAGGAGGUGGCGGGAGAGGGAAGAUAAAAGCUCCAAAAGAAUGUGGAAUUGGGGAGUGGGAGGUGGCCGACUAUCCUGGCUGCCCAGUGAAAGAAACAUAUCAGCGCAAGCUAAAAUCAAAAGAGGCACACCACAUGAACCAUUGA